UCCUCCUGCUCAUUCGAAGCUAGAGCUCGUGCUCAAUAGUGUUCUCCUACUCGUUCGAACCUAGAGAUUGUGCUUGUUGGAUUGUUGUAAUUGAUAUAAUCACAUUCACUGGUCUGCUCCAGGGAGUCUACUCGGAACAGUGACUAAUUCAACCAUGACAAUUGGAGGGAUUGUUUUGGGUUCCUUUAUGGGUUCCUUCUUUUCAGUCCUAUUCCACAAGUUGACUUCUCUCACAUUAGUCUAUGCACAACAUGAAGGAAUUAACACUUCUCUCCUCAAGGAGUGGAAUGAGAUGCUGGGCACAAUCAAUGCAGUGCUGACUGAUGCAGAAGACAAGCAACUCAGCGGUAACCCUCUAGUGAAGCUGUGGCUAGAUGAUGUUAGGGACUUGGCCUAUGAUAUGGAAGACUUGAUUGAUGAAUUAGUGAUCAAAGUCACUCAAGUUAAGUUGGAGGCAAAAUCCAACACAAGCAAAGGUCUGGAAAAAUGGAAGUUCUCUUUCUUUGGUCGAGAUAAAUCCUCCGGAUCGAAUCCAAACCUAGGCUUGUUCAUGUUUGAAACCAAGGUACAGGAGAUUAGUGGCAGGUUGAAAGUGAUUGUCACUAGGAAGGCUCUUCUAAGCUUAAGAGAGAAUGUUGUGGACAGAUCCAACUACACAAACAAAAGGGAUCUAACCACUUCUUUGCCAGAGCCUCGGUUUUAUGGUAGACAGAAGGAAGAAGCACAAAUACUCAAACUAUUGAUUAGUGAAGUUGAAAAUUCCGAUGCCGUGUUGAGCAUGAUCCCAAUAGUUGGGAUGGGUGGCGUUGGAAAAACGGCCUUGGCUCAACGGUUGUAUAAUGAUGUCAAAGUAUAUAGCUGUUUCGAGAAGAGAGCGUGGGUUUGUGUGUCAGAUGUUUUUGAUGUUCUUCACAUAACAAAAGCUAUUUUGCGGUCAAUCAUUGGGUUGUCAUGCCAGGGUGAAGAUCUUAAUGGGCUUCAAGUUAAGUUGAAGGGCAAUCUAUCUGGGAAGAAGUUUCUUGUGGUUUUAGAUGAUAUAUGGAAUGAGAAAUAUGAAAAAUGGACUGCCCUCUUAAAGCCAUUUGAAGCGGGAGCUAAGGGGAGUAAGAUCAUCAUCACGACUCGCAACCUUGCUGUUGCUUCCAUAACUAGAGCAUCACCUUAUCAUUUGAAGGAAUUGUCCCUUGACAAUUGUACAAGCUUAUUAGCCUUUCAUGCUCUUGGAGCAACAAAUUUUGAGAGCCAUCCGGAAUUUAAAACAAUAGGUAAGAAAAUAGCUGAAAGAUGUAAAGGUUUACCUUUGGCGGCGAAGAUGCUAGGCGGUGCCCUACGUAAUAAAAGGAAUCCUAGUGAAUGGGAAGAUACCUUAAAUAACAGAAUAUGGGAUCUUCCGAUGGUAGAGAAUGAUGAAGUUCUCCCUGUCUUGAACUUGAGUUAUGUCCAUCUUCCUUGCCAUUUGAAGAGAUGUUUUGCUUAUUGUGCAGUAUUUCCCAAGGAUUACGAAAUUGAGAGAGAUGAGCUGGUACUCUUAUGGAUAGCCGAGGGCUUUUUAGAUACACAAAAAGUAAAGGGGGAUAAUUUCAAAUUAGGACGAAAUUACUUUGAUGAGUUAGUAUCCAGAUCAUUUCUUCAACAAUCAAGUGUCGACGCAUCUAAGUUUUCAAUGCAUGAUCUUUUGAAUGAUCUAGCAAAGUCAAUUGCAGGAAGUGCAUACCUUUGCUCUGGGGAGUCUCACUUGGCAACUAAUGAAGAAGACACAUCUCUCGGGAAAAUUCGUUAUGCAUCAUUCAUCUCAUCGCAUUUUGUUACAUCAAAAUGCUUAAGAGAAUAUCACCGAAUGAAGGUACUAAGAACUUUAAUGCUACUGCAUAAUGGAUUUAGAGGGGACACUUUCUCUAUUUCCAACAAGGUGCUACAUGACUUGUUAACGGAAUUGAAGUACUUGAGGGUGCUCUCAAUAUGUCAUUGUGACAUCAUAGAGGUACCAAAUUGCAUUGGUGAUCUAAAACAUCUUAGAUAUCUCAAUUUCUCGUACACUGAUAUCAAAAGGCUACCUGAAUCAAUUGUCAACUUGUGCAAAUUACAAGUUUUGAUCCUAAGAGGUUGUCAAAAACUUUCAAAGUUGCCUCGAGGCAUUACAAAAUUGGUUAGUUUACAGAUUCUUGAUGUUAGAGAUACAAGGAGUCUUAAAGAGAUGCCGUUGGGUAUUGGUAAUUUAAAAAAUCUUAUUAUCUUGUCUAAGUUUGUGGUACGACCAGAGAAAGGGUCACAGUUAGAGGAGUUAAAGAAUUUGCCACAUCUUCAAGGAGAAUUAUUCAUAUCAGAAUUGCAAAAGGUGGAAAAAGUUAGAGAUGCAAUUGAUGCUAAUUUGAAUCAAAAGCAAGGCCUUACCAACUUAUCCUUGCAUUGGGAUGAAAAUUUGGAAAAUCUCCAGAAUCAUGAGCGGGAAGCACAAGUGCUUGACUACCUAUGACCUCACAUUGAUCUUGAAAAUCUUAAUAUUUUAAACUAUGGUGGUGCAAAAUUCCCGUCAUGGUUAGGUGGUCCAUCCUAUUCUAAGAUAGUGUCUUUAUGCUUGUGGGGCUGUCCUAAUGUUAUAUCACUUCCUCCGCUUGGACAACUACCUUCAUUGAAAGAAUUAUCUCUUGAAGGUCUACACACAGUAAGAAUGAUAGGUUCUGAAUUUUAUGGUGAUAGAAGGCCUUUCUCAUCCUUAACAACUUUGAAGUUGAAAGAGAUGUUGUCAUGGAAGAAUUGGUCUCCUUAUGUUGGGGGCCCAAAAGAAGAAGUCGCAUUCUCUUGUCUUCAACAUCUUGUUGUCCGGUGCUGUCCUUCAUUGAUUAGGACAUUACCUCAUCAACUUGAUUGUCUCAUAAAACUAGAAAUCCAUUCAUGUCCGCUUUUGAAUAAUUCAACGAAUGAGGUUUGUUUUCCGUCUCUCCGUGAGUUAUACCUUGAGGAUUGUAACAAGGAAAUCUUAAAGAGCUUGGUCAACCUAACUUCUUUGACCAUUCUCAAAAUUGAAAAUCUUGCCGAGCUUGUUUGCUUUGAUCAUGUGUUUAUGAGGUGCUUGGUCAAGCUAAAGGAUCUUCAUAUAGAACGGUGUGACAAGCUUAUAUACUUGUGGCAAGAUGAAAAUAUAAUGCUAAAUCUUACUUGCCUUCAAGAAUUAGCCAUUGAAAGCUGCCCUCGAUUCACAUCUUUUGUGGCAGGAGAAGGAGAAAUAGAGUUGUCGUGCAACUUUGAAAGGAUGGAAUUGAGUAAUUGCAUAAGUUUAGAAAAGCUUCCAAGCAAGAUGCACACAUUCAAACAUUUGAUCAUUAGGAGGUGUCCAAAAAUCUUGGGACCAACCAUUCCUUUAGAUGACCCUAACAACAAUAACCCGAUAUCUCAACUUGAGUAUCUGCGGAUUGUAAAUUGUGAUUCUCUAAUAUUGUCUUUGUUUGCCAACGAUAGACUUACUGCUUUGAAGAAACUUUGUAUUUGUGAGUGCAAGGGAGUGGAGUCGGUGGAAACGAUCAUCAUAGAAUCACUCAAAGAAAUGAUAAUUGAUGGCUGUCCAAAUCUAGGAAGCCUACCACAGUGCCUUCACACGCUCUCCCAUCUUGCUCAUUUGGAUAUAAGUAAUUGUUCAGCACUGGAGAUAGAUGAAUUCCCUUCCCUUCCCAUCACCCUGUCGUGUCUUAUAAUUAGUAAUUGUCCGAAGAUAAAGUCUCUACCAAAUCAGUGGCAUCAUCUUACAUCCCUCGAGACGCUAUUCAUCGAGGAUUGCCAAAAUAUCAAAUGCUUCCCCAAAGGAGGUUUGCCUCCCAAUUUGCAUCGCCUUUUAAUAAGAGGGUGCGAGAAUCUGAAGCAGCCAGUGAGAGAAUGGGGCUUACACCUACUCACAUCCCUUCGAUGUAUGUUAAUUGACUUUUGCAUGGGAGGGGAGGGAGAGAAGAUAUGGUUUCCUUCGGAGGACAGGGAUGCGUGGAGUCUUAUCUUUCCUUCCUCUCUAAUGUAUCUUCGCAUUUGCAAUAUGUGGAAUGUUGAAAGACUAUCAAAUGGUCUUCUCAACCAUCUCUCCUCUCUCAAACAUUUAUGGAUUGACUCUUGUCCGAAGCUGAGGUACUUGCCAGAGGAUGGCUUCCCUCCCUCCCUCCAAGAAUUGUACAUAGAGAAAUGUGAGAUUCUGAAAGAUAGAUGCUCAAAACUCACUGGUGACUAUUGGCCCCUAAUUCAAGAAAUCCCUCUCAUUGAGAUAGAUUGGGUGCGGAUCCAAUGAAUUGAUUCUUUCAUGCACAGCCAGUUUUCUCGGAUUAAAGGCAACACACUGCAAAAGAGUUUUUCUUAUCUGUAUUACUGAUGGUCUCAGGAUCUGGUGAUUUGUGGUUAAAAGUUGCUGCAUUUGGAGCUUUCCAGUUACACCAGGAUUUUGGAUAAGAAAUAUGAAAAAUGUGGAAGAACCAUUAAUAGCGGAGGACAUAAGAUGCGUGGGCCUCCUAUUUCCUUCCUCUCUAACCUCUUCAUGGAUGAAAAAUAUGAGGAACGUGAAAAGACUAUCAAGUGGGCUUCGCAGGCAUCUCUCCUCUCUCAAACAGUCAUAUAUUUUACAGUUGCCGGAUGUUGAGAAUAUCCCACUGUCUUCUGCAUUUGGCAAAACCUCUCCCGGUGAUCAAAUGCAAACAUUGUUGAGAUUUAUCUGUAUCACGAUGUCAAUUAUUGAGGUCUACAUUCAAAGUCAAACGAAGCAGCUUUCGUACCUCCAACAACAGCAGCGACUGAAGAGAUGCAAAAAUUGGGGUUUUCGAGUUGGCAGAUUACAAUCCAUUUCAAUCUGACUUCCUUGUCGAAGUUAACAGUUCAUCUUUAUUCUAUUUAACUUCCCACGCCAUCUCAGAGAACAUUUUCUUUUUCUUUGUCGCAAAGGAAAGACCGAGAGGAGCAAUCAAGGAGACUAUGCUCUGUUACCAUUUUGAGUAAUUGUAAAAGUUUCACGUC